GUUUUGUUAAAGCACCCACAAACGUCAAAAAGCCACAAUUUUGGUUGAAUAUUGAAAAAAUGGGCAUAUUAAAGGUGAGGUGACGGUGAGGUCUGCUCUCGGUAGGACACAUCACAACUACUAAAUUAAUAAAAUCACUCGUACUAUAAUAUUUAUUUACUAAUUCUACCUGGUGGUUGGUAAACCUUCUAAAACACAAUCAUACAAACACGAAUAGUACAAAAAACAAGCACGAAGCGGUGCGGGUUGCAUGUUUAAUAUAUCUAGUCACUUACACUAAAAAAAAAAUGACGUACACCAAAGAAAAAGCGAAGGUACCGAAGGCUCGCAAAUACGCGUGCGAGAUCUGCAACAAGGUGUUUCUGGGCAGCAACGAUCUGCGCAAGCACAUCAGAAUCCACACCGGCGAGAGGCCGUACAAAUGCACCGAGUGUUCGAUGGCGUUCCGGCAGGCCGGUUGCCUGAAGAACCACGUGGCCGCCAAACACUCGACCGGUGUUGUUAGAACCGAAGUCUUCAUCUGCAAUUAUUGCCACAAGGUUUUCCCCAUUAAAGAGCGACUGAGGCUGCAUCUGCGCAUACACACCGGCGAAACGCCGUACAAGUGCUUCGUGUGCGAUAAAAAGUUCGCCAGGGGCGGCCAGUUGAUACAGCACAUGAGGAAACACACCGGUUCCAAACCGUUCGUUUGUAAUGUGUGCAAUAGAUCCUUUACCUGUUCGGCAAACUUAAAGUUGCACACGAAACGUCACUUGGAGAUCAGGGAUUACAUCUGCGAUAUAUGCGGGAAGAGCUUUUUUCGCCGCGACGCCCUGCGUAAACAUUUGAACGGCAUACACAACAACAUGAAGGCGUUCCACUGCGAAGUCUGCAACAAGGACCUCAAAGGGCAUCUGCCGCAGCACAUGCGCACUCACAACAAGGAAAAACCGCACGGGUGCGCGCACUGCGGCGCUACCUUCGCCCAACGUUCGCAACUUACAGUACAUCAGAGGAUACACAGCGGGGAGAAACCGUAUCGGUGUCAGGUGUGCUGGAAAGCGUUCGCCCACUCCACGGCUUUGAAGCUGCACACGAGGCGUCACACCGGGGAAAAACCGUUCGUCUGCGUGCUGUGCGACAGCAGUUUCUCGCAGCUGCCGCACCUGAAGAAGCACAUGCUGUGCAUACACAAAAGCAGCAAGCCGUACGUGUGCAGAGAUUGCAAAUCGUUUCACAAGACCAAGAUCGACUUGGAGGCGCAUCAGAAGAAGUGCAAGGCGGCCAAAAAGAAACCGAACGUGGACAGUACCAAGGAGAUAAGCACACCUAUGACCAUAGAGAAAAUGCGCUUCUUGCUUGCCAUUCUGCUUAAGAAGAUAUCCGCCCCGGAGAAACUCGACGAGUUGGGCUUCAAUAAGCGCCUCAUAGAUGACGUUCUGAUGGAAUCCAUAAAAAAUUCCGGUAGGGAGCCUUGUGCCGAGAAGAUUCCUCCCGCCCAGAAGCUAAAGAAAAACAUACAAAUACUUUUGGAAUGGACUGUACCUGAACAAUAUUGGCUCAAAUUUAAGAACGAACAACGCUCCGUUGAGGAAUUACUGGAAGAGCUGACGUCGUAAUUUUCAAAUCAUAUCUCCAAUGUUUAGUAGUUAUCUGGACCGCCUGUUUUUUAUUUUAAACGUUUUUGUGAUGCGAAGUGCGAAUUGCGAAAACGAAUAUUCGCUUUCGCCACUAUUAUAGGGACGUUGUUUUCUCACUAGACGAUAUUUGCCAUGCCAUUUUAAAUACUUAAAUAGUAAAGUUAGUUAAUUGUAAAAAAAUAAACAUUGUCCGUUAUACACUCACAGGCAAAAUAAUCGAUCCACACAAAUUUUCGAUGAAUUUCAAUCGCAAAUAACUUAUUUAUUUGAUUUCGGAUUUAAACGAAU